GUACUAGUUCACCCUGUAAUGGAGGCACAUGUUUGAUGACUGGUGCUGGUAAUUCAGCUUAUACCUGCCAAUGUCAGGAUGGAUCGUUCAAUCCAGAAACUUGUCCAACUCCAGAUCCCUGUUCUAGUUCACCCUGUAAUGGAGGUACAUGUUUCAUCAUUGAUGCUAGUAAUUCAGCUUAUACCUGCCAAUGUCAGGAUGGAUCGUUCAAUCCAGAAACUUGUCCAACUCCAGAUCCCUGUACUAGUUCACCCUGUAAUGGAGGCACAUGUUUGAUGACUGGUUCUGGUAAUUCAGCUUAUACCUGCCAAUGUCUGGAUGGAUCGUUCAAUCCAGAAACUUGUCCAACUCCAGAUCCCUGUACUAGUUCACCCUGUAAUGGAGGUACAUGUUUCAUCACUGGUUCUGGUAAUUCAGCUUAUACCUGCCAAUGUCCAGAUGGAUCGUUCAAUCCAGAAACUUGUCCAAAUCCAGAUCCCUGUUCUAGUUCACCCUGUAAUGGAGGUACAUGUUUGAUGACUGGUUCUGGUAAUUCAGCUUAUACCUGUCAAUGUCAUGAUGGAUCGUUUAAUCCAGAAACUUGUCCAACUCCAGGUGAGUGCAUUUCUCUCUAGUUUUCUUGUUUUCCUUUAUUUUUCCUUUCUCUUCCUCCGUUACAUAAUCAGAAACUCAUUUGUGUUACUCCUCUAAUGAACAAAUGACAUUAUAUCUAGAUUUACAUCAAAAUUGUGCAAAUAAAUAGAAAAAGAUUGGAUUCUACUAUUAUGAGCAGGU